CUUUAUCCUCUAAAGCUAUAUAAACCAACCACUUUAUUUCUAAUCAGUUUAUACACACAUCAUGUCAACUGCUUUGGAUUUGGUUUGCGAACGUACUGCCUUGUACAUGGACACUUUGGACUGGCGAGCUGCGGCUCAUUUCAAUCCUGUCGAUGCCACAUCCAACCCCUUCAUUGUAUCGAUGAAUUUGGAGGAAGCACAUAAUAUGGUCUUCGUGGAUGAUGCUGCCAAGUAUGCCAAAGCCAAAGGAGGUUCAUUAGAAGAGCAGGUUACAUUGGCAGUUCUGAAGACCAUGGUCAAUCUGGGCACAGCCGCCAAACCCCACCUUUCCGGACGAGUUCACACGCAGCUGGAUGCUCGUCUCGCCUAUUCAACUGAUGCCAUGGUGGCACAGACCUUACAGCUUGUUGAAAUGUAUAAGGAGGCAGGAUUGGAUAAAUCUCAAAUUGCUUUCAAAAUCCCCACCACUUUCCAGGGAGUGCAGGCUUGUCGUAUUCUUGAGCGGGAUCACGGCGUGUGCUGCAACAUGACAGUUCUGUUUUGCCUUCAGCAAGCUGCCCUUAGUGCAGAAGCCGGCGCUAGUUACGUUUCACCAUACUUGAACCUAUUGGGCCGCGUUGAUGGCGAUCCAGCUACAGGUCUUGCUAAUGCUCAACAAAUUCGUGAAUACUACGACGCUCAUGGAAUUAAGACCAUCGUACUCGGCGCCAGUUUCCGCACAGCUGAGGAAGUCGAGUUGAUGAGCCAAGUAGCUGAUGCCGUCACGGUUAGUCCUCCUAUGCUGGAAGAACUAAAGAUCAAAGCUCCAUCCAAACUUCCCGCCCUCCCAAAAAUACAAGUGCCUUCCAUUGGCUCGUUUUUGGACAACGAAGGUGCAUAUCAGUGGUCAAUGACCAUUGAUGAACGCAGCUCUAUCGGUCUCCUUGAAGGAUUACGUUUCUUUGCUGCUUACAAUGAAAAGCUUGACGUAUUGCUCCGCUCCAAGCUACAGGCUCUUUAGUGCGAAUUACUUAACAAAGGACGCUAAUAAACAAAUACAACGGAAACUUGUUUAAACCCACCACUUUACUUGUUUAUGUUUUGUUUAUCUGAAUUCGCCGGUCGAACGAAUCUGAAUGACGGCGGUAUCACCUGUUGAGCGUUUCCACUGGGCAUUUGAAGGGAAGAACUGAGAGCUAGUUUCGUACCAUUCGCCUACCUGAUUAGACGAUAUGGUCCAUUGCUCUUCCAUGAGGUCACCGACAUAUCAGCUCGUCCAUUAUGGCAUGCAGUACUGACUCUUGCGUCUACAUUAA